AGAUUAUCGAGUUUAUACAUAUCAAAUUCCGUUGUAAAUAAAUUUUUCUUUUUGUUAAAAACUUGAAUGUUUAGUCUACUUUAUCGUUCGGUAGUUGUUCAUAUUUUUUAUUAUUAUUAGUUAACGUUCUGAGUUUUUUUUUAUCUUUUAUUUUACAAAUAUAUAUAUAUAUUAUUUUUUUGAUUAAAUACAUAAUAGCGUCCUCUUUUCUUAAUAAGAUUAUUUUUGAUUGGUAAAAGGCUUGGCCGCUAACGGUUGGUCGAAAGUCAAUCUAGUUGUGUUUUCCUCGUUUUAUUUGCCGAAUUGCCAAUAGAUAUUUGACAAAUAUAAGCUUUAUUUGAUGAUAUCAUAUAAAAUAUAAAGAUAAAUGUAAAUCUACAUAUAUAACAAAAUUUAUAGUUGUACACUUUUUUUUCAAAAGAAAAUUGACUUUCUAUUUUCAUAUAUCAUUUGUUUUUAGAUGUAUGAAUAUUAUAGUAGUAGACGUUUUAUAUUCAGUAUUUUCAUUAUAUGCAAUAUAAUUGGAUAUAUUACAUUAGGUAAAAAUAUAAUUUCUUUUUAUAUACAUCGAAUUGUCUCUUUAUAGUGUUCUACUAGAUUCGAUCUAUUUAGAAUUUUAUGAGGAGAAAUAAUUUAAUCAUUUGACUAUAGAGGAAAUCUUUAUUCGACAUAUUUCUAAUUGUUGUUUAUUCUAUAUUUUAAUGAUACAUAGUAGAACAUGUCAAGUUUACAAUUUUCGAAUUUGAUUUAAGAGAAAAUUUCAAUCCAAUGGAAUUUAAUGCAUAGACAUUUUUACAAAAGUGAAAAAUAAAAAAAAAACGAAUUUUAUCUUGAAGAUUUUUGUGAAUGAAAUUUGAAAAAGUUUCCGAUUAUUUAACCUAAGAAACAUUAUAAAAUUUUGAAUAUAUUUAUGAAUGAAGAAUCCUAACAUAUAUCAUAUAUUAUUCAAAUUUUAUAUUUCAAUUGAAACCUAUAAAAAUUCAAAAUGUAAAAUAAGUUUUUAAUGGCUCAAUUUUGAACAAAUUUUGAAAGAGCAAUUUGUUUUUUUUUAACCAAUGCAAAUUUCUAGAGAAACUAACUCUUUAGUAGAAAUACGUAGAUAAGAUUUCAUUUAUUAUAAUAUCUCAUUUUAACACAGAGUUCAGUAACGUUGAGAUGAAGAUAGAACCUUUCGAGUUGGUUUUCGUAUUCGGAAAUUUUGCAACUGAUGACCUAUAGGUGAAGCUAUUUCGAGAUACAAACUCGAAGGUCAAAAUUUUCAAUCCAGACCUUUGACCUAGUCCCAAAUUUCGACUCGGGCCGAAAUUCAUCUCAUUGCUAUUUAUAAAAAAUGGUCUAGCUUCAAUGAAUAGUUAGUACAUUUCCAUAAUGCAGAGUAGAAUGACUCCUAGUGCUGAGAAGGAUAGCAUAGUACGUAGGAGUGUAAUUUUAGAUCAUAUUACAAUGAUUGCAUCAUCCUGUUUAGUAUAUGACAUUUCGUUUUAUUUUGAUACUCAUUGCAGAGGAAUAAUAGGUAUCUCGUAAGAAUACAAUACUUCUAAUAUGAAUCCAAAUAGACUACGAAGUGUAGCAACUGAUUAUAGAAAUAUGGCUUUUUUGGUGAGAUGAAUUUGGCCCCGGGCGGAAAGUCCUUUAUGAUUUUCGGAUCGGACCAGAAAUUCCUUGGGGCUCAUCCAGAGCGGGGAGAGGCGUAAAGUAUUUAUUCAUAUCAGCUAUAAUCCCUAGAAAAGAGCUUUUUUGUCUAUUUUGUUGUCCAAAAAAAGAAGCAGGAGACGUAAAAACCCAGUUAUGCUCUUGUUGGGCCGAAAUUCAUGAAACCCAUACAAACUAUGUAAACUAAAUACUUCGUCAAAACCGCUAUUUUUUGGCUUUCUGUAGAUACAGUUUUGAAUUGUUUUAGACAAUUUACUGAUAGUUGUUUAAUCUUAUCUCAUAAGGAAAAUUUGAAGAAAUAUUCGAAAAUAGUGAAAAAUUCUAAUUGUAAUUAACUGUUAUCUUGCUGUAAUCAGUUUGGUGCUAAGACUUUCAUGUCAUAGGUUAGUAGCUGAUUAUUACGGUAGAGAUUUUCUUUCGGCGAAUUAACUUUCAGUGACGAAAGAAUUGAAUCGUUUGCUUUUCGGACGUAAUGGUAUUACUUGAUCUUCUCUUCUGAAACUAAACAUGAAAUAUAUUCUAUAUAUUUGAACAAGAUAUAACUGUAGAAUCUCAAACAUUUCGAAUUUUUUUUGUUUUUGUUUCUCGUAGCAACUGCAACUGACAAAUCAAAACGAUCCGAUGAUAAAGAAACUGUAGAACCAAUAUCUCCUGAAGCUGUUGCACCUGAAGCACAAAUUCAUUUACAUGUUGAUGAUACAAUUAUUCCAGAACAACAUGAUGAUAAACAAAUAAUAAAUGAAAAAAUUUCUGAAACAAAAUCUAUAAAAGAUAAUAAUGAAGAUAUUGAUGAAUUAAAUGAAUCAUUACAAGAUUUAAUUAUUGAAUAUCGUAUAAAAGAACAAGAAAAAAAUUCACAAAUAAAUCAAGAUACUGAAGAAGAUAUUGACAUCGAUGCUGAUGUCGAUGAUGAUAAUAAUGAUGAUGAUGAUGCUAAUUUACAACGUAUAUUAAAACAAAUAGGU